UGAAGGAAAUGAUGUGACAUCUGUCUAUGAGAUGAAAGAUGCUCUUGAAAGUCAUGGGCGAGUCCGGAACACACUAACAUCCAUAAUUGAUGUUGACAUGAAAACUCAGCCAACACUAUCAGGCCAAUUGAAAUUCCCAAUCAGCCAGUUCAACAAUUUCAUCUUUAAGGACAGUGGUAUUCUGGCAUUCAAGUCAUACAGUUUUGGAGAGCAUCUUAUACCAUCUGAAAAGCUUGAAGUUGUAACAAAGAAUUUGGUGGACAUCCCAGAAGCUGUGAUUGUUGCAAGUCCCAAACCUUCCACUACAAAGGCAAGGCAGAAGAAAUCUACAAGUCGUUUGUUCUCAUGUUGUGAUCCGGAUGGUGUUAAAGAGUUUAGGAAAGAAAGUCAAUUAUUGAACCACCUAGCUAUUGGAAAUCAUGUGUAUGACAGUGAAGAACAGGACAACAUACUGGAUACCACAAAAAGAAUAUGGGUGCAGACUUGCACAAAAUUUAGAUCCACCCAACCCACUUUCACAGUAGAAACUCAUGACCUUGAAGAUGAAGUCGUGUAUGAAACACAGGCAUAUGCAUUGAAACAAAGGAGGAAAAGUACUCGAUUUUCCAGCAAAGUUAAGAAUUUUUUGUUUGAGAUUUAUGAUGAAGGAGAAAAAACUGGACGAAAGGCCAAUCCCUAUACCGUUAGCAAACAGAUGCGAUUAGAAAAGGAUCCAGAAGGGAGAAGACUUUUCGGCCCAAGUGAAUGGCUGACACACCAGCAAAUUAGAAGUGUGUUUGCCUCUUUUGUUGUGAAAGCACGGAAAUCAUCAAGUUCUUCUUCCCAAGUAAAACGUUUGAAGUUGGAAGAGGUCAAUGACGAAGAGGAUGAACUUUUGGAAAAUAUUAUUGAAAGUCUUCAUGCGACAGAACAACAAGAGGCAGUUCAAGCUAUUGCCAAUGAACUUGCAAAGUGAAUGUGUUUGAUCAUUUAAUAUUGUUGAAUAUAUUUGUACAUAUAUGCAAUUUUACACCAAAAUCUACGUAUAAUAUUCACUGUAGCGAAUUAUGAUUACUUCCUAAAUUCUUUACUAGUAAUUGUUGGAAAAAAUGUACAUGUCCACUGUAGUGAAUCAUGUGUACUUCCUAUAUUCUUUAUUAGUAAUUGUUGGGAAAAGCAAUCUUUGAAAUACAUCUUUCUUUUUCUCAGUGUUAAAAAUAUGGAACAUAAUGAGGUUUUUUAUGGUAAGAUUUACUUUCGAAAUAUUUUCUUAGACAUCUGAUGAUUUUGUUCUGAUAUAUGACAUUGGGUUGAAUUCUAAUGCGAAAUUAAAGUAUCAAAUGUGUUUUGCUACUUAUUAGAAAAUUUCGUAUCACAGUUUUUACAGAAGAAUAAGUUAUGCUGUGUAUUAUUUUGUAUUAUAAGUGUACAAACAUACUUGCAUGUAACUUGGUGUUUUCAUUUAUUGUUCUAUUGUUACCUGAGAACACUGUGUGAGGAAAUUGUUUACAGUAGCAUGUGUAUGAUUAACUUCUAUAUUUUCUGAUGUGUACCAUAUUUCUGUAUGUACACAAUGUUUAUCGUUAAUAUUUUGUCAUUACAUGUAUUCACGACAUGUAAUGAUUUUUUUUUUUUUUUUUUUUUUUUUUUUACAGUUUAUGAAUUAAAUUCUAAUGGAUGUUACAGUGUAUGUAUAAUAUUACAUUAAUUAUUCAUGUGUAGAGCAUGUUAUUAUUAUUACUUGUAGUUACAGGUUUACCUUUUAAUUGAAUAUUUGAAAAAAAAAAUGCAAACAGGAGUUAUCCCUCCUUACAGAACAUUGUAAAAAAAAUUAAAAACUAAUAUAAAACGGUUAUUUAUAGUACUGUAUAUUUAAAUGUUUGUAAUUCUUUGCCUAAUAAUAUUAGAAUACAUUUUGGAUUAGUAACAUUAUAAAGAAAUUGAUUUUGUAUGGACUAAAACCUGCCCAUAUGGUAAAAUAAUGGUCAAAAUUGUGUAACUUCAAUUUUUAUCAUAAUUUUAUUAUUUUUUGUUUUCCGAAAAAUUCCAAUUUAUCGAGUACACAUCAUGUAAAGAUCUUUUAAGAAACACUAAAAAAAAAUUUUUUCUAAACUGUGUAUCAGAUGUUAUGGGUGAAAGAAUUAAGAUAGCAAAUUUCUAUUUUUAGAACAUUGUGAAGUUGUAAGAGUUAUUUCCCUUUACCUCAUUUAAGAUUUUAAUUUUUUAAAUUAUGGAUAUGACACACACUCUUAUACAAGUAUAGACCUGUAAUCAAUUUCUUCGUAGAAUUUUUAACAAUUGAAAUAAAUGUACAUUAAAACUUGAAAUUUUCACUUUUAUUUGGAGUACUGUAAAAUGAUGUUGCCAAUGGUAACCAAAUAAGGCACUGUACACCUUGUCGAUUACCAGAUUUUGACAAAAUUCUCAAAAAAGUCUUAAAAUACAUUGAAAUGAAUAAUUAUGACAAAAGAAAGUGAAACUGAAAACCUAACAUGAAUAGCUUUCUGCAUGGUUUUCUAGUAGACACGCAC